ACACGCAGAGAAAUAUAAUGGAAAAGGCGUCAACUUGGAGCCAAGGGUCCCUAGAACGGGCCUCUUCCCUGAAGAUAACUGCAGCUUCCUCGCCUUCCUACCUUUCCUACUUCUAGCCCCGCUUUUAAUCCGCCUCCCCCACCUCCCGCCCCACUCUACUCCGGGGAAAGAGAAAGAGCCCACAGGCCAGCUGUCUGGGGACUGAGUUCUGAAGCUUCCGUUGCAUGACAUCAGCCAGGGUGGGCUCCCCUCCCCUCUUCUCUUUCCGUUCCUUCCCUCUCGUCCCCUCCCUUUCUCUUUCCCUCCCUUUCCAGCCCUGAAACCUGAUGCACGAUUAACCGAGUGCCUUCUCAACCCUGAUGGCUGGGAAGCGCAGGGUUGCUGCAACUUGCAGAACCUUGCCUAGAGUUCCUGAGAAGAGAGGAGAGAAGGAGAGUACAAGGCGGUGGGGUUUGGUGGGUAGCGGGGUGGGAAGUGGGCACCCACCGAGGACAGCCAGAGGGUGGGCUUGGGGCACGGUCUAGGGGCGGGCUGGGGGGUAGAGGGCUUGCUCUGAAGGGACACAAAGAGAAAAGACGGCCCAGCAAAACCGCAGCCAUGCCAUUGUCCCUCCGGCAGGUGCUCCUCGCCCUGCUGCUCCUGAUUGUCCUGGGGCCAAGCGAAGCCAGGAAGAAGCAAGGCACCAAAGCACCCAAUAACACCAAGCCAGCUCUGCUGCAACUGUCUGACUAUCUCCUGACACACUACAAGAAGAGCGUCCGACCUGUUCGAGACUGGAGGAAGCCAACCACUGUGUCCAUUGAUGUCAUGAUCUAUGCCAUCCUCAAUGUGGAUGAAAAGAACCAAGUGUUGACUACUUACAUCUGGUACAGGCAGUACUGGAUUGAUGAGUUUCUCAAAUGGAAUCCUGAAGAUUUUGACAACAUCACCCAGCUGUCCAUCCCCACUGAUUACAUAUGGGUCCCAGACAUCCUUAUUAAUGAAUUCGUGGAUGUAGGAAAGUCCCCAAACAUCCCAUAUGUGUACGUUCGGCACCAGGGUGAGGUCCAAAACUACAAGCCCAUCCAAGUGGUGACCGCAUGCAGCCUGGACAUUUACAACUUUCCCUUCGAUGUACAAAACUGCUCACUGACUUUCACUAGUUGGCUUCACACAAUCCGGGACAUCAACAUUUCCCUGUGGCGGUUACCAGAAAAGGUGAAGCUUGAUAAAAGUGUCUUCAUGAACCAGGGAGAAUGGGAGCUUCUAUAUGUGCUGACUCAAUUUCGGGAGUUUAGUGUUGAAAGCAGUGACAGCUAUGCAGAGAUGAAGUUCUAUGUGGUCAUCCGUCGAAGGCCACUUUUCUACACUGUCAGUCUGCUAUUGCCCAGCAUUUUCCUCAUGGUCAUGGACAUCGUAGGUUUCUACCUGCCCCCAGACAGUGGUGAAAGAGUCUCUUUUAAGAUUACUCUUCUCCUGGGCUACUCUGUCUUCCUCAUCAUCGUGUCUGAUACACUUCCAGCAACGGCUAUUGGUACCCCACUCAUUGGUGUCUAUUUUGUGGUGUGCAUGGCCCUGCUGGUGAUCAGUCUGACUGAGACCAUCCUCAUUGUACGGUUGGUGCACAGGCAAGAACUCCAGUCUCCAGUGCCUGCCUGGCUUCGGCACUUGGUGCUUGAUCGAGCUGCAGUUCUUCUUUGCCUCCAGGAUCAGUCAUAUCAUAAUCCCUCAACCCUCCAAAGACCUACAAUUCCCUCCCAUCCCACUGAGAAUGACUCAUGUUCAGCAACAAUAAACCACUGCAGCAGGCUGGGAGGGCUUCAGGACUUGAAAAAGACUACACCAGAGGUGGGGAACCCUUCCCCACCAUUCCAGGAGAACUCCUUGGUAGUACAUGGGCUACUUCAGGAAUUGGCAACCAUCCGGCACUUCCUGGAGAAACAAGAUGAGUGCCGAGAUAUUGCCCGGGACUGGCUUCGGGUGGGCUCUGUGCUGGAUGUGCUGCUGUUUAGAAUCUACUUGUUGGCAGUGCUGGCCUAUAGCAUUACAUUGGGGACUCUGUGGUCUAUCUGGCAGUAUGCAUGAAUUGAGCCAGACCUGGGAUGGAAAGUAGCAGGGGAGAGAAGAAGGGUUAUUCCUGAGUCUACCAGACUCCAGGAUAUGUUCAACAUAUAUACAUCACCAUUCCCAGCUUCCUCCAUUAUUCAGGAAGAGAUUUCUUUGUAUGACUUAGACAACAACGUAACAUAAAUUUAUUCAUCACCUAAUAAGAAAAUGGACCAUGGCAGUUAUUAUCUUGAAAUCAGUUAGGGCAGACUCUGCCUUUUGGGGAUCCCUGGGUUAUGACCUCCUUCAGCACAAGAUUAUUCUAUUAGAAUGUCAUUAUAACUAAUACCAUUAUUGGCUAA